ACAUGUUGACUUCCAACCAAAGGAGCUUUUUGCUGCCGAGACAGGGACAUUAUAAAGACCAGACAGAAAAAAGAGACUGAAGAGACUACAUACAAAUUAAAAUACUGUGGAUUGUCUUGGAGCGUUGUUAUUUUUUUUUACCAUACUGUGGCUGAAAAAGAGACUCAAUGUCGUCUCUGUGCCUCAGCAGCAUCUUGACUCAUGCCAAUCUGACGAUGUAUCAGACCGGCUUACCUGACAUCCCACCACAGCAGCUCCAUGUGCCGCCAAACCUCAAUGCUUUGGAGACUAGAAGCUACAACACAAGAGGUCAAUGGUACAAACAGAUCAACCCUCACCACUGGACAGCAGACCAUGUUCUAGAGUGGAUCAGUGAUCAUGUAGAAAACACCAAGUUUGAUGCAAGCACCCUAAGUCUGGAUUUCUGCUCCAUGGACGGCCCCGUCCUUUGCCACAUGAACCAGGAAGAGAUGAUUGUAAUCUUUGGCCCACAGCUUGGUCCACAUCUUUACCAGAGCUUAGAAGAAUACAAGACCAAACAUGAACUGCAGAGUCUCUCGGGGCCAGAACUAAGUGAGACAUGUCAACUUCUGGAUAACUUUUUGGACAACUUGAACUUCCCUUUGCUGAGCUCUAUCAAGAUUGGCCAUGGUGAUGAAGCUGAGAGCAGGAGACACUUUGAAUACCGAGAUGGUUAUGAUCUGACUAGAUUGACCAUGGAGUCCAUGACAACUCUGGAGGACACUGAUUACCUUUCUGAUAAUCCAUCUGACAGUGAAUGCAGCUCUUCUACAAACAGUGGCAGGUUUGGAUUCAUGAGCUCACCAGAGUCCGGCAGCAGUGAAUCAGACCCUGAGUUCCCAUACCCAGUGCCAAAGGUCCACAUCAAAACAGAAGCUGGAGAAUGUCGUCCAAAGAGACCCCGGGGGCGACCUCCUAAAAUCAACAGGGAACACAGCAGCACAUAUGACAAUCCAAAGAAAAGCAAACAUGCACCCCGUGGUACCCACCUGUGGGAGUUCAUCAGGGAUAUUCUCAUCCACCCAGAGAAGAACCAGGGCCUGAUGAAGUGGGAAGAUCGUCGAGAAGGCGUGUUCAAAUUCCUAAAGUCGGAGGCUGUUGCCCAGAUGUGGGGUCAAAAAAAGAAGAACACCAGCAUGACCUAUGAAAAACUCAGCCGGGCCAUGAGGUAUUACUACAAGAGAGAGAUUUUGGAACGGGUUGAUGGAAGAAGACUUGUGUACAAGUUUGGAAAGAAUUCCAGUGGUUGGAAGAUUGAGGAGAUAGGCAUCAGUCACUGAGCGGCUAGAGACCACGAGCCAGAGCAGGAGUUUAGGAACCAGAAAAACCUGUCUUGCUUGGCUGGAAAAAAGUCGUUACUACCCAAAAAUGUAAAACGAAACUUCCUCUCACAGGGAAGGUGUUGCAGAAAAUGUAAGCCAUUGUGUUUGGCUCUAGUAGGUUUUAUGAACCAAUAUUAUUGUUGUAUGUGUUUUGUAUUUUGAGCCACAUUACAGAAAUAUUAGGCCUAGUUCUACUGAUGCUGGCAUGUAGGGUUUUUUAUUGUAGAUUCAGAACUAACUAAUCUCUGUCAUAGUAUCUGUCAAGGUUUUUGUUAUGGUACAUGGGAAUUAAUAACAGUUGUGGGACUGGAGAUAUCUAAUUUUCUUUAUUGUUCUGUCAUAUUUUUAUCAAAAUAAAAAAUCUGUAGUGGCUCUAAAUGUGAGAUUACAUUUGGAAAACACAAAUUAAAGACAGAACAGAGAGAAAUAAAUGUAGGUGAUGUUUUUCACAUUAACAUUUACUUAAUGUUCUACCUGUAUGACUUGUUAUAAAGUAUGUUCACACAAUUUUCUUAAGAAUAAAAAUUAGAAGUAAUCCUACUAUAUAGUUAAUGAAUUUUAUGAUUUGAUAAUGAUUGUUUUGACAUGAAUAAGAAAUGUUGCUCUCACUGGUUUAUGCAUUGGUGGAUGUGAGAAAUAAUGUUUAAGUGGUAAUUAUCCUUAUUCCUUCAACUUCCACUAAAUAGUACAACUACAUUUGCACUGGUAUAUCCUUUUCAGUUAAAUUCCAAUAAAAUGUCAGUCAUGAAUUA